CUCAGUCCAGGUUAUAUGUCCGCCCAGAAAGGGCACCACUUUGCCCACCCGUCGAAUCACUUCUGGAAGUGCCUUCACCAAUCUGGGUUUACACCUAGGUUGCUGCCACCUUCGGAGGAUUCUUCUUUACCACAAACAUUCAACAUUGGUUUGACGGAUCUAGUUGACAGACCGUCUACUGAGGCAUCAGAACUGUCCUCUUCAGAGCGUGUCUCGUCUGUACCUAUCCUGCUCAGCAAGCUCGCCCUCCACCGCCCAAGGUUUCUCUGUCUCGUCGGCAUAUCUAACUGGGAGAUACUCCAAAAGGCGCUUUUGCAGAUGUCUUGGACGACUGGACCAUCCAAGGCCUCUGGAUCACCAGGCACUUCAAAAGCAUCCCAGGCGUCUGCCAAGAACAUUGGAUUACAGCCAUUCAAGCUACGCUACUCAGGUCCUGUCAGCGAUACCUCCGCGAACAUAAGCGAGACAUUAUUAUUCGUGGUUCCUAGCACGUCGGGCCUUGUGACGCAGUAUCAGCUCCCUGCUAAAGUCAAGUUUUUUGCUCAGCUGAAGAGCUUGGUUGAUCAGCCGCCAUCGGAAUUGGAUACAUCGGAAAUGAAAUGUAUCGCCGUACCGCAUAAUCCAUAA